AUGCGUAAAACAGAUCUACUUCCUCCCUCGAAUGGCCCCUCGCCUGUUGAGGGAAGAUCUGGGAAGCCAGCUGUAGUCGAUGGCCUGCGGGAGACAUUCACCAAUCAAGCCACUAAGCUCUCGCGUCAGGACGGACCUUCUUCCACGAAAAGGGAAAGCUAUUCUUCUUCUUCACGAGGGACCUUGUAUACUGUUUUUGUUAUCACCGGGGCAUUCAUAAUCUUACUGAUCAACUCUCUCCAGAUGACAGUCGUCAGCUCCCUCUCCCCAUACGUCACAAGUGACUUCAAUUCGCAUUCUCUUCUCCCAGUAAUCAGCCUUCUGUCGUCAGUCGUGACUGGCGUGAUGCAGCUGCCUUUGUCGCGAAUCAUUGACCUGUAUGGACGCCCACAGGGCCUCAUGGCGAUGAUCACGCUAGAUGUGCUAGGUACUCCCUCAAACUUCAUGAAUAUGUGA